ACACGGUCACACCGGACACCGACUGAAUGGAGUCUGUGAAGAAGACCACAGCGGGGGUGGUGUUCUGGACCCCGGCGCCGACCUGCGCCUCCCCCGCCAGCUCCGUGGAGUCGGAGGGCCUGUGGGACGACGAUGAGGAGGAGCAGGCGGAGACGGACGACGACUUUUCCCAGCAGGUGGAUGACAGCGGCAUCAUCGGACUGGAGGAGGCGCUGGGGAGGGUGGGACUAGAGGGCGCCUACGGGCCUCUGACGCCACGGGGGGCGGAGCCUAAACGGUGGGAGAGAGAACCAGAACCAGAGUCACCAGGAGAGGAUGAACACAACACGUCAAACCUUGAGGAGAUAAACAGCGGUUUCCGAGUAGUGAGUCAGAGGGAGGAGUAUCUGGACGUGAGAGAGCAAGAGGAGGAUGAAGACGAAGAGCAGAAGACUGAAAGAAACGGGAUGAAAAAUGAAUCCUGUAGUGAUUUCAGAACUACAUAUACACCUGAGAGCUUCAUAACCCGAGGAGCCAUCAGCGAGUCGAUUCGUCGCCCGUCGUUGGUCCAGACUCCGUUGGGACGUCACCGGCCUGAAUCCCCCCCUGCCCCGCCCACCAGAGCCCCCCUAACCCCCCACCUUCUCCACUUCACCACCAAGGAACUGGCAGCCGCUCCGGGCAUCGAAGCCGAGACGCUCCCAGACGUCAGCCUCGGGGAAAGCCUCCUAGAAUCCCCCAGCGUCUCUACGAGCCUCAAGUCCAGUCCACGGUGUCCACGGGGCCCGGAGUCCAGAACCUCAGCUCGGACCGCGGCCAAUCAUCCCGGCGCAAAGAGUAAGAUCCCCACAAAGGUAUCGGCAAAAAGCGAUCCGUCACCGAGCAGGAAGAGGCAGCUGUUCCCUUCAGACACACAUCUAAAGAGUCCAGGUGGGACCAAAACCGGGACCGGGUCUGUGAAAACCAGCGGUCAGAACCAGAUCCCACAACAGGAGCAGAGGACCACCAGAGCAAAGACCAAAGCUGUUAAAGUCGCUCAGACCAGGGAGGGGCCUCUGAGUUUCCACACCCCUGACUUCUCCAAGGUGGAGCCCAGAGUGCGAUUCCCCAAAGCCGGUUACAAACCCCCGAAGAGCCAGCGUCCCGUCAAGAGGAAGUCCCUCUCGCCCGAGCCCCCCUUCAUGUUCAAAUCCCCCGCUGACAUCGUCAAGGAGGUCCUGCUGAGCCCCUCCGACGGACCCCCAGAUCCCCCGGAUUCCAAGGGACCCCCGAUCGCCUGCGAACCCACCUCCGUCGUACCUCAGGAGUUCAGAUGCAAAGAGCACGCCAUGACGCUGCUGGACGAGCUGCAGGAGGACAACUACAGACUGAAGAUUAAAUGUGCUGAGGCGGCCAACACCAUUGAUCAACUACGUCUGGAGGCAAAGGUGAACCUGUACUCGGACCCUCCGAGGCCGGGCCCGUCUGUGCGUUCUGGACUGAACCCGCAGCCGCUGAAGCUCAUGACGCUGGAGUUUCCUCAGGCUCAGAGAUCGGACGUCACCUCGGCCUCCGCUCCUUCAGACACACACAGAAGUCCCGCUGCCCGUGGUUCUCCUGCCGCCUCCGUCUCCUCCACCACAGGCCUGAACCCGUCGACGGGGAGGCGGAUCACUGAGCUCCUCAGCCGACAGUCCGACGGCUUCCUCCAGCAGCUGCAGGGCUUCGAUGAGCUCCGAAAGAGUGGAAAACUGCAACCACAGGAGCAGAUGAAGGGUCUCUCUCAGCUCCUGCAGGUCCUCGACUCCUUAGAAAGAUCCUACCUGUUGGCGAAGGACGAGCACAAAGUCCUGCAGCAGCACGGAGCAGAAAGCAGCCGCUUCGACCCCGAACGGGACCUGGAGGCUCUGAUCUUCCAGUUUGGACUCCAGAUGGACGAGCUGAAGGAGCAGGUGGAGCAGUCACAGCCCACCCAGGAGGCUCCGCCCACACCUCCUCCUCAGCCCACACCGUCACCUGCUGUCUCUGAAGGGGAGGAGCUACAGAGUCCACCUUUGCUCUUCACAGCCGGUCCAGGAUCUGGAGCCGAGGUGGAGGACUCGACUUCAGCCGGAGACGAGGACGGCGAAGAAACUCUGAAAUCUGUUUUCUUUGAACCUCUGAACAAACCCAGACGUGUGGAGCCGGGCUUUACCGCACUGUUAAACCGGCGUCAAAGCUUCGAAGAGCUUCCCAGACGAUCAAACAUCUUCCUGCUGGAGGCGGCGCCCGCAUCUACGGGUUCAAGAGCCAGAAUCCAGACCAGAAACGAGGACAACGCAGGACUGAGACGAACAACAGGAAACGCAGAACCACAGAGAGGAACUCCCAACAGUAAAUCCGAUCCCAGUCCUGUUCGUGGCAGCAGGUCCAGUCCUCCUCCACCUGGACCCUCCAGACACCCGUCCAGUUUACCCAGUGUUCCUGUGGGGGUGGGUCGCUCCCACAGCAGCAGCAUGAGCAGCCUGGGGGAGAUCACUGCUUCAGAGAGGAGGAGGAGGGACAACAAAUCCAAAACCACGAGCGUCAGACGGACGGUGAUGUGUCAGGACGGUGUCAUUUCCCCGGAGACCGACAGCGGCUUCAUUGGCUCCGAGAGCAGCCGUCUGACUCCUGCAGCUGCCAGUCCACUCCACCAGAGGGCGCCACACAGCGUUUCGGUCAAACCUCAGACGGUCACAGACUCGGCUCUGCGUCCCGCUCCGUCACCUCCCAUCAGACGCAAAGGAGGAGACGCUCCUGUCAGGCCUCAGCCGGCGAGGACGGACCGAGCAGAGAGGAGGCGCAUCUCCUCCUCCUCCUCCUCCUGCUGCUCCUCCACACAGCAUCCACCCAGAACCCACAGUGAAAGCAGUGAGUCUGGACUGGACAGCGACCCCCCGCCCUCUGUGUCUGAAAACGACAGUGACCACUUCGCUGAUUCCACAGGCUCCGCCCACAGCUCCCACUUGAGCCCCUCCGCUGCUGCGCCGCGUCACCAUGGCGAUCGCCUCCGAGCUGUGAGCUCCAGUCAGACGGCAAAACACAGUGAGGCUCAGCGUCUGCAGGCUGAAGUGAACAGACUGAAGGAGUGGUUCGAAGGUUAUAUGAAGAACACAGUGGGAGGAUCAGCUUCAGCUGAACACAACGCUCCCCAAAACACACCAGCACCUCACACCAGGUCUGAGAAACAAAGGAGUGAAAUCAGAAAAGGAAGCACAGAGAGACGGACUGAUGACGUGGACAAUUCAGCACUGAGACGAACGAUCCAGCCCAGAUCCAGAUCUGCACACAGACCACCGACUAACAGCAUUUCAGAGCCACAGACGUCCACUCACAGAGUGUCCAGAUCUACUCAGACACCCUCACAACGACCACCUCAAACAGCAGAUGAACCCGACGGCAGACCAAGCACAGCUCCUGUUUGUCCUCAGUGUUUGACAGGACCAGGACAAACCAAACAGUCUGUUGGAGCUGCAGUACUGAACCACUCGCCUCAUCACUGUCUGAUCUGUGGACGCCCUGAACCGUUCACCAGCCCUGGACCAGACUAUCGCAGAAACUCCAACAGUCGACCUGACGCAAACACACACUGGACUCAGCACAACACACCAGUGUAUCCACCACUGCUGCUCUACUACCCACCACCACUCUUUGUGUCUCCAAGCAAAAGCAUGAGCGCUCCCUCAGAGGUCAGAGGUCAUGGGGAGGGGAGGUGGAGACGCUCGUCAUCAUCAGAGAGGCGGGACUCCGUGGACCGGUCUCUGGACAGAGCCAUCCGAGCCGCUCAGACUAUGAAACACACCUCCAGACACAUGGCCUGGGCUCUGGCCUCAGGACUGAGAUACCACCAGGGUCUGCAGCAGACCACAUGGACGUCAAGGGGACGGUCCUCACACACCCCCCACAGCUCCACAUACUGAGGAUUAAAAAAGCAACCACGACGAGACUGAUGGGUUUUAAUUAGAAGUGCAGCCAUGUUUAUAUUUUAGUCUUUGUCAACAGUGAGCUCAUCCUGCAGACAGUGGAAUCUGUCCGCUGAUCGUCUAAAGGCCCGUUCAUGCUCUACGUCAGGCUGUCAAACUCAUUCUGGUUCAGUUCCAUAUUCAGCCCAAUUUGAUCUGAAGCGG